AUUAGGUUGUAUACCCAUGCUUUUGGACUCAGUUGUCAUUCUCAACCAAAAUGAAAAAGAUAACAAAAAAAAAAAUAUUAAAGAGGAUAAAAUUCGCUCAUGACCCCAAACUCUCAACACUGGGUUCAACUCGCAUUGACCGGGUCGACCAAGUUUUAAUAAAUUUACAAUUUACUCAACCUGUCAAUUACAAAAGCAGAUAAAACUCUCUCUCGAUACGCAACGCGUCAACAAUGGGUCACAGUUCAAUUGUCAUUCUCAACGAAAAGGAAAAUGAGAAAUAAAAAAAACAUUAAAGCAUACAAAACUCGCUUUCGAUCUAAAACUGGUCAACAAUGUGUUCAACUUGGGUUCAAUUGUGAUCAUGCUCAAAAAAAAGGAAAAAAAAUACUAAAGAGGAUGAAACUCAGUUCAGAUACAAAACUCGUGGUAGCGGCCUCAGGAAACGGUGGUGGGGAACAACUUUGAAUUCCGCCGACAGUAUUUCGAGAUGGGCUGCAAAAUGAUGGACAAAGAUAAUGAUUAAUGUUCAAGAUAGGAUACACAUGUGUUUGGGUUACACAACAAAAAGGAAGAAAAGAAAGAAAUAAAACACUAAAGAAAAUUAAACACAUCCGAAUAAAAAAAAUCUCGUGGUAGCGGCAUUGAAAAAACGAUGGUGGGGAAGAACUUAGGAUCUCGCCAACAGUAUUUCGAGAUGGCCUGCAAAAUGGUGGGAAAAGGCGAUGGUUGGGUCUUUGAAGGAAGGGCGUUCUCUCCGCCCUCUAUUGCAAUUUUAGCUAAACGAGAUGUCGGAAACGUUCAGGAAGCUAGGAUACUUUCCCCAGCUUUCUCCUCUUCUAGUUCAGCUGGAUUGCCUUCUCGGUCAAGGAGUUCUCGGUCGUCGACCUUAUCACCGCCUGGUCCUUUCAGUAAGGUUGUCCAUUGUGAUGGUUCCUUAGUUUCUAAUGCACAGAUGGCGGCUUAUGGGAUUGCUAUUGCAAACUCCCACGGUCAGGUUAUCGAUGGGAAGGCUGAGAGAUUAUUUUGUUCUUCUCCGUUACAAGCGGAAGAUGUUGCGAUUCUUAAUGCAGUUAUCGGGGCGUUCCAGGAUCCAGUCCCAACGUGUAUCAGAUCUGACUGUCAGAGGUUGACGAAUGCGUUGAGACAGGAUCCGAGCCUUUGGCCUUGGUAGUGUUGGGCAACCCUUGCCCGAGUGGUUUCCAUUCUCUGUGCUUCUCCUUGGAUCUCGAUUGAGUUUGUUCCCUGACAAUUCAAUAAGCUCGCUGAUUGGAUCGCAAAGAACUCUCGUCUUGAUCUCCUCCCUCCCAAAUGGAUUGUCAUUGCUGACCUUGUCGCUCCAUUAUUGUAAUUGUUAAGCUUCCCUUGUUUGGAUUUGGAAUGAAACAAAUGAUGUUUG